CUUCGAAUGACAUUUUCGUAAUUUAUGGGGCGACGAAAGGCCAUUUUCUUUGGAUUUUGAAGGCUACAGGAUACAGAUUCGGCCUGAGACUAUUCUUCAACGAUGAUUAAGUCCAUUAAGCACCGAUUUGGGUUGAUUUAUUUUGGGUCAAUUUUUGGCAUAUUCCAAAGGGGUAACAUCAAAAAAUUUGGGCGAUUUUUCCAAAUGCCAUUUUCUUUGGAUUUUGAAGGCUACAUAUCACGGAUUCGGUCAGAGGCUAUUCUUCAACGAUGAUUAAGUCUAUUAAGCAACGAUUUGGACGAAUUUAUUUCGUGUCAAUUUUUGGUAGAUUCCAAAAGGGUCCCCUUUAAAUCUUAUUAUUUCUCUGUUUGGUUGGAAGCAAGAGAGAUUUAGGGUGUAUUGUGUUUGGUUCAAACUCUCAACAUUGUUAGAGGGCUGAUGAAAAUACGUGAUUUGCAUUCCUUUGUUGUUUUCUUCAUACGCGAAUCAACCGAUUGCUUGAUGUGUUUUGAUCUUGUUUUUUUUUUAUCCGGUAUGUUUGUUUUCCCCCUCUCUAUGUAACCGAUUAUUCAAAAUGCAAUACACAGAUUCUCCCUUUGUCAAAAUUUAAAACCAUUUAUAGAAGCAAUUUGCUUAGUACAUAGCUACCUGUUUGAUCUUUGAUGAAUGUCGUAGUGGUCGAUUGCAUCCAAGGUUGUCAACCCGCGGGUUGACCUGCGGGUAGACCCACUUUGACCCUGACCCGGUGAGAAAAACGGGCCAUACGCACCCGCCGGGCCGACCGCUACAAGGUACCGGGUUGGAGGUCAAAUUGUGUCAUUUUUUUCUUUGGUUUGCGAAAUGCGCCUAUUUUCCGAUUUUUCUUUUCGCCUAACCCAAUCUUUGGAAUUCUAAGUUGAACAUUUGAAUAUUUAUGUUAUAUAAGUGUGUGUGAAUUUUCACUAUAUGUUGGAUCUAAGUACGAUAUGUUAUUUUGGUGUAAUAUUAUAUGUUAUAAGUCAUAUGCUAGAUAAGAUUUGAUAUAAUUUAUGAGGAUAAGUACAAUAUAAUGACUUUUUCUAUAUUUCCGGGCCAAACCGGGCUAAAACGAUUGACCCAUUAACCCUUGACUCACUAGCUCGACCGGGUCCGGGUCAACCCGCGGGUUGACAACCUUGAUUGCAUCUCAAUACCUCAUAAAAAUAAAAUACAAAAUUGAACUAAAUAAAUGAAAAUCGAUCCAAGAAGUGCGCAAGGCGAGAGCAAUGUUUGUCUUUCAUAUAUUUAUCAUCCGCCGUCGAUAUAAAUCUUAUCAACGGACAUAAAUGGACAGCUUCCCAAUGACACGGAUCGUCAUCUCAAGCCGUCCAUUAAUCUAAUCCAACGAUCCAAAAUCCUUCCCUCGCAAAUUACCAAACUUCCACCCACGUAACGUAAUAUCGGAGUGACGCGGAUAGCCAUUCUCGCCCGUCGAUCCCUACCUCCAAAUCAACGGUCCCAAUCCUUCUUCUCCCACUCCGCAGCAGCUAUAUAAAUACUCAAACCAUCUGUUUCUUUUCCCUCCCAAACUCAUCUCUUCCAAAAUUCAAAUCACAUUUCGACCUAAAUCUUCCCGCUUCUCCUUCUCUUUUCUCAAAUCAGCCAAAAAUGUCGGGCCGUGGUAAGGGAGGCAAGGGCUUGGGAAAGGGAGGCGCCAAGAGGCACAGGAAGGUCCUCAGAGACAACAUCCAGGGCAUCACCAAGCCGGCCAUCCGCCGCCUUGCUCGCCGUGGCGGCGUCAAGCGCAUCAGCGGUCUCAUCUACGAGGAGACUCGCGGCGUUCUCAAGAUCUUUUUGGAGAACGUGAUUCGUGACUCCGUCACCUACACCGAGCACGCUCGCCGGAAGACGGUCACCGCCAUGGACGUUGUCUACGCGCUCAAGAGGCAGGGCAGGACCUUGUACGGGUUCGGCGGUUGAGCUUUUCCGGUUCGUGGAACGAAUUCAGCGGAGCAGCCUUUUUCUCUUUCAGUCUCUUUUCUAGUCCUUGUUGUGAACUACUUGUUCAUAGUGUGUGGAUCUAAGUUUCAGAUCUAGGGUUUCAAACUUCCGGUCGAUGUUUGUGUUGUAAUUCCAAGCUCUGUUUAAUGGAGGAAAGAUCUAUGAAUUGUGUGCAUUUGUGAACUUUGUUAAUUUUCCGAUUUGAAAUUAGCCAAUUGUAUUGAAUCCGUAGACGCGAAGAACCAUCAAAUAUUGCUUUCGUUAAUGGCAGAGUGCAGAUUCAUUUUCUUUAAGCACAUUGCGGGUUCGUUCUUUAAGCAGAAAUAAUACAUGGAUUGUUUUUGUGAUGUAACAAAAACUAUCACUCAUUUUGAGUGAUUAUUAUAUCUCAACUUUUAGUUGUGAUUGUUGAGAUAGUUGAGUUGAUAUUGUUUUGUCUCAGCUAUUAGCUGAUACGACAUACACAAUCACACAUACCAAACAUUGUAUUCUACAAUGCAUCACAUUCGACAAUACAUAUAUGAUAUUAUACAUGCAUUUUCAACAAUACAUCUACUUGACAAUCGCAACUUCCAAACGACCCCUGCAACAUCCAGCGAGUGAGUAAACAAGUCUUUCGUAAAAACUAGCUGCUGAACCCUUGAAUCUGGACAUUGGAACAAGACAUUGACAUCUAGUGACUCGACAAUGUCACUAGAUACAUUUAUUUCUUAUGAUUAUACCAAUCAAACUUUGUAUCAGCAUCACUCAAAAGCAACAUUCAAGUAACCAAACCUCGUGAACAAGAAUAAUCAUAUGCAUGAAGUACGAUACGAGACUCAAAAGCAACAUUCAAGUAACCAAACCUCGUGAACAAGAAUAAUCAUAUGCAUGAAGUACGAUACGAGACUCAUAAUUCUACUAACUUGGUAAGCUGGUACAACUCGAUGCAUUACAAUGAUACGAUUUAUCGUUAAAUCCAUAAAAUAAUAAGACUUAAAUAAAUAAUGUUUGAUUGUUUUCUUAACUUAAUUCUCGUAUCCAUCACCAUCCAAAUCUACAUGGCCCCUUGGUCACAAUUCACAUCACAUCACGACCUUGUAAGUUGUAACACUCAACUAUGCCAUUGCGCUAUCAUUUGAUACAUAAGAAUUACAGAUCGAGUUGUUUGGGCCAAAAGCCCAAAACAACAAUAGGCAAAACUAUACUUGGCUUAACGGACCUGGGCAAAGAAAAAUAAUAUAUACUUGGCUUAAGGGCCAGGUAAUUAGUUAGUACUAUCACAAAACAAUCUCCUUGAAUAAUCCACCGUCCAUUAAAUAUGAUCGACGGAUGAAACUGGAUAAUCACAUAUCACACGGAUUGACAUCCCUGAACCGUCGAUUUGGAUUAUCCAACGGCCCAAAGUAUCACCAAGCUCCCUUCAAACAAAAGGAAGCACAUGUCACUGGAGCGACGCGGAUCGCCAUUCCCACCCGUUGAUCCACUCCCUCAAUCAACGCUCCAGAUCAGC